GAGGAUCUCGUUCCCAAUCGCGACUCCUGCCAGUGCGCCGCGCCGCCGCUGCCGGCGACUGCCCCCACGCUCCUGCCAGGGACUGCCCCGCCCCCUGCCGCUCGACUUCCCCCCACCCCCAGGCCCCCAAGUUCCCCAGACAGCCGGCAGUCCCCGCCUCCCGCCUCCCCGCUGCUCAGGACAGCCGGUGCUGCUCCAGCCUCUAGGCUCUAGGCGGACGCCGCCGCAGCUCUACAACCUCUAAUCCGUCCUCUCCUCGACUCCCCGUCUCCCCGCGCAACCAGCAGUUCGUCCAUCCAGGGGACAGGGCACUCGAGCACGCCGCUGCCGCCCACACACCGCGAUACGCUCCUCCUCCGCCACCGCCGAAGCCCUCCACUGCAACACCGCUCUCCGCUGCCGACCACACCCUGCAAUCUUGCACGCCUCCAACGCUUCCAACAACUUAACUACCGGUUGCCCUUUUCCGCAACCCUCUCCCCUUCCACCUUUUUAUCUUCACUCUUCUCUUGGCCUGAUUCCAACAAGGAAAUUCUAAAACCUAAUCAAUCUGCAUCGCUUCUGAUCCUUCAGCUAUGCAUCUCACUCUUGAAUUCGGGGGCGGUCUGGAGCUUCUCCUAGAGAAAUCCACCAAGGUACACAAGGUGGAUGUCCAGCCCAGGGACGGUGAAGACAAGGCCACGAUGAAGGGGUUGCUCUCUUGGGUGAAGUCCAAUUUGAUCAAGGAGCGGCCGGAGAUGUUCAUGAAGGAUAAUUCUGUGUAUGGUUUCUCUUUUUUCCUUUUUCAUUUGCUUGUGUUUUGGCGGAAGUGUCUGGAGACCUUGUUGCCGUCCAGGAUUUGUGCUAUCAGCUUCUCUAGUUCAUCACUUCAGCCUGGUGCCUAUGUGAUAACUAGUGUAAGUCAACAACAAGCACAAAGCCUUUUGCCCCAAGCAAGUUGGGGUAGGCUAGAGAUGAAUUCCAACAGAAAACUGUGAGAACUAAUAACUAGUGUGAGUUCUUCAAAAAAGAAGUGGAAAUGAAUAUAUGCUGAUAACUAGUGAGUACUUUCAUUGGUGGAGAUGGAGACUCUUAAGGCUCAGUUUAUGGUUGAUGACGAGUGUUGUGCUUAACUUAAUUAAUACAAUACUUUGCUCUGGAAGAAUACUAGAAUAGACAUGAAAGCAGAGAAAUGUUUGUCUGCAAAAAAUCUGAACAACAACAAACAACAACAACAACAACAACAACAACAACAACAACAACAACAACAACAACAAAGCCUUUAGUCCCAAACAAGUUGGGGUAGGCUAGAGGUGAAACCCAUAAGAUCUCGUGACCAACUCAUGGCUCUGGCACAUGGAUAGCAAACUUCCACGCACCCCUGCCCAUAGCUAGUUGCCGGGGAGUGAAGCGCCUUUGGUAGGUGGAAUUUGGUAAGGAAAAAUUUAUUUAGUGUGCUGAAAUUUUCUGUCACUUG